UCAGUCAGUUGCGAAAGCGCGCAGUUCGCGCACGCGCCGUACUAAUCUUUGUUUAAAGUUCGUAUUUUACGCGGGAAAAUUUGGGGUGGAUCAAUUAUUUAAACGGCAAUAUGGCUUCGACAGCCAUAUGUGGCCGUUUUGUUUUACUCCUUGCUGCAGUGGCGGCUUCCACGGCGCUCACGUUUGAUGAAGAAGCGACAAACGAUGUGAUUGCGGCAGCAGGCUCAGCUCGUGACGGCGGAGAGGUCGCCGUCUUAAUCAAAGGCCCAGAGGGGAAGAGUAACAGACGAGAAAUAUUGUUCCGUGCCAUGGCUUCCGAUGACGACGCCAUUUCAAUGUACUAUAAUCAUAAGACGAACAAAAUAUCUCUUGAGAGUCUUAACGGCAGCAACCUAAAAGGAGUGUCCUGGGGUCUCGGGACUCAUUCGCAUGAGAAGCUUAUCCUUGUAGUGGCGACAGAUAGAGUGAAAUUGUAUGCUGGCUGUAAAUCCCUCCACUGGCAUGAUAUGCCAGGACAGCACGAUGUUCUACAGCUGUUCUCUAAACAGAAGUUAAAACUGUAUCAUGAAAAAAGUGUACCAAUCGAAGUGUAUGGCAAUGAACACGCAGCAUUAGACGCUUUAAGUUGCGAAGCUCAUGAGAAUCCAUUAAAACCACCAACAGUAAUGUCUUCUGAUAAAUCUGACGUAGAAGAUGUCAAAGAAUUCAUCGCUAAAGACGCUCGGAGGAAGAGAGAGGAAGAACAAAUGCAAGGAGAUGAUUAUAGAACGAAUUAUAUAGAUCCAAAUGGGAUACUUCCACAGCCACCGCAAGCGACUACACAAAGAGGUGAUAUUCCAUCGAUGGAUAUAGAAUCAUGUGAUGAUGAAUUAAUUCGUCAGCUAAACCUUCUGAGACAAACCAUUGAAAUGCUUCGUAGAGAAAUGGCGGAUCAGAAAGGCAAUAUUGACAAUUUGAGGAACCAAUUGCGUGUCUGCUGCAACCGAGUACAACCUCCACCGCCGCCGCCGGUCGAAAGAUGCACCACAUCUUCAUGUUAUCCUGGUGUGGAAUGUCGUAACACGGCGAGUGGUGUCCAAUGCGGUUCCUGUCCCCGCAACAUGGAGGGAGACGGUAGACGAUGCAGACCCAUACUAUGUAACAGAAGACCUUGCUCCCAAGGAGAAUACUGUGAGGACACGGAGCAAGGCUACCGCUGUGAAAGAUGUCCCUCAGGACAGAGCAGUGAUGGCUUGACUUGUCGUUCUUCUUGCAGCUCUAACCCUUGUUUCGGUGGUCGUGUUGCCUGUCAAGAUUUACCUGGAGGCGGUUACCGCUGUGGCCCCUGCCCAGCUGGUUUCCAUGGCAACGGCGAGGACUGCCAAAGGUUAUCGUGUCAUCAUAUUUCGUGCUAUCAGGGUGUGGAAUGUCAAGAGACAUCAUCAGGACCACGUUGUGGAUCCUGUCCUGAAGGUUACCUGGGAGACGGGCAGAGAUGUCAGCAUAUCUGCGACGCCAGAAGACCUUGCAGGGAGAGGAAGUGCACGCCAGUAUCUACCAGCCCGUACUACCAGUGUCAGGAGUGUCCGAAAGGAUUUCAAUGGAGUGGUUACAGCUGUGUGGAUAUUGACGAAUGUGAUUUGAUCCGUCCAUGCGACGAGCUGGUCUCGUGUCGUAAUGAGGAGGGUGGGUUUACUUGCGGGCCGUGUCCUGCCGGGUACGCGGGCAGUGCGGGGUGGCGCGGCGCGGGGGAGGAGCGGCGCCGCGAGCGCUGCAUUGAUAUCGACGAGUGUGAAGAUGGACGCACCAGCUGUCCUCGAGGACGGCUUUGUGUUAACACACCGGGUUCGUAUACAUGCGUGCCGUGCGGUGGCAACUACUACGUGAAUACAUCACGGCCGUGCUUAGAGCCGGGCUCACUAGUGCAACGCUGCGACUCCGCGCGCUGCCGCCGGUAUAACGCCGUCUGCGGGUUCGGACAGGAGUGCGUCUGUGCGACCGGAUGGGCGGGCAACGGUACUGUUUGUGGACCGGACAGAGAUAUAGACGGAUAUCCGGACCAUAAGUUGCCGUGUAACGAAAUACACUGCAAAGCUGACAAUUGUCCGGAUGUGUCAAACUCCGGACAGGAGGACGCGGACGGUGAUGGCAUUGGAGACUCCUGUGAUGCUGAUGCUGAUGGUGACGGCAUUCCUAAUAUUCCGGAUAACUGUCCACUGGUAUCAAAUCCGGAUCAACUGGAUAGGGAUGAAGACCGUAGUGACAAAAGAGGUGAUGCGUGUGACAACUGUCCUCGACGGUACAACCCGGGACAAGAGGACGCAGACCGCGAUGGCAUCGGUGACCUCUGUGACACUGAUAUGGACAAUGAUGGUAUUGUAAACGAGGAUGACAACUGUCCCCGUGUCCACAACCCGGGUCAAGAGGACAUGGACGGUGACUACAUAGGUGACGCGUGUGACAACUGUCCUCGUGUCCGUAACCCAGCGCAGGACGACGCUGACAAAGAUAACGUCGGUGACGCGUGUGACAGCGAUGUUGACCGCGACCAAGAUGGUGUUCAGGACGGUUUAGACAACUGUCCUAACCUAGCCAACAGUGACCAGCUGGACGUGGACAAUGAUGGCAAGGGUGAUGCCUGCGAUGAUGACAUUGACGGUGAUGGCAUACCAAACUUAGAGGACAACUGUCCUCUUGUACCUAACUCCAAUCAAUUGGAUAGUAAUGGCGACAGUGUUGGUGACUUAUGUGAUAAUGAUUUCGACGGAGAUAAUGUUACAAACUCUUUGGACAAUUGUCCAAAUAACUCCAAGAUAUUCCGCACUGACUUUAGAGAAUACAUGACAGUAAGGUUAGACCCUGAGGGUGAGUCUCAGCAGGACCCUAACUGGGUGAUAGCUAACGACGGCGCCGAGAUCCUGCAAACCCUUAACUCGGACCCUGGACUCGCUGUUGGCUUUGACAGUUUCGGUGGUGUUGACUUCGAAGGAACUUUGUUUGUUGACACUCAAAUAGAUGAUGAUUAUGUAGGAUUUAUAUUUGGAUAUCAGAACAACAAGCGGUUCUACGUGGUGAUGUGGAAGAAGAACACGCAGACGUACUGGCAGACGACGCCGUUCCGCGCAGUCGCCGAGCCCGGGAUACAACUGAAGCUGGUCAAUUCAAAGACCGGUCCUGGGAAGACGCUGCGUAACGCGCUCUGGAACACGGAAUCCACUCCUGAUCAAGUGACUCUCCUCUGGAAAGACCCUCGCAAUGUCGGCUGGCGUGAGAAGACCGCGUACCGUUGGCGUCUGCUGCACCGCCCUAAGAUCGGUCUCAUCCGGCUGAAGAUAUACGAGAACAACCGGCUGGUAGCUGACUCCGGCAACGUGUACGACUUCACGCUGAAGGGAGGCCGCCUCGGCGUCUUCUGUUUCUCGCAAGAGAUGAUCAUCUGGUCCAACCUUGUGUACCGGUGUAAUGAUAAAAUACCUUCGAACAUCGUUUCGGAACUACCGACACGGCUGUUGAAGAAAUUGGAAGUCGACCACAACUUUAUUUAUGUAUAAAUACUGCUUCAGUAUUGAAACGGACUUUAAAUUGUUACUAAUAAGAAAAAAAUAGAAUUUUACGUUGAUAUAAAUGUUGGAAAACCUUGUCACAAUAAUAGUUACAGAAUUUAUUUAAAGCUUUAAUUUCUUACUGCUAGUAAAGUGGUUUCACUUAACCAUGUGUUCGCAUAUUUGAUUUUUUUUUAGUUUUAGUUAUAACUUUAUUAAGACCUGUCCUACCAAAUUGUAAAUUGUAUGAUAACAAACGUGUAAAAUAUGUAACGGAAAUAUCGGAUUUUGUUACUUUAACUGACAGUAGCGUCGCUUUUAUGCUAUCUGAGCCUUUAUCAGCCAGUAGUGGGACAGGCCCUUGGACUUUUAAAUAAUAAAUCUUUCCACUUUAUUCAUAAAAUUUACGUUUGGAAUAUAAGAAUAGGAAAAUAAAAUCUGUUUCUUAAUAUUUUUUUUAAACCAAAUUAAGUGCCAUACUUUAUAGUGUCGGGACAUAUGUGUUCACAAUACUUUGUGUUUUAUUAUACUUAAACGCAGUAUCAGGUAUACUAAGUAAGGUUUUAUAUGAAUUUAACAGAUUUCUGAGGUAUUUAA